CGGGAAGUUUUUCCCGGUGUCCCGGUCGUAAAGUCAGCCACUGGGCUCCGAACAAUAUCGCUAUUUAAGAAAAAGCCUCCACGAUUCCAUCACGCGCACGUGAACAAUCAUACAUUUUUGGUAGUGUAUAUCUAAUUUUAUUUUAUACUGAUAUCCAAUAUUCCAAUUGAGCCAAUAUCAAUAAUUAAGUAAUAAAUAUAAAGAUAUUCAUAUGUCCAUGAUUCAUACCAAUAGACAAUAUUAUGCACCUAAUUUUCAAGAAUCUAAAAUGUAAGAUCUACAUAUUAUAUAUUAUAUCAAGAGAUAAUAAACAAUUCAAUUUGAAUAUGAAUAUAGAAUAGUUGUAUGUAGGCAUUGUAUUGCAAUAGAAUAACUAUUCUGGUUUAUUUCAGCAUAUACAUAAGUUAAACAGGUCUUGACAAAUCGUAUUAAAUAAUGAUUUAAAAUCAAAAUAUAAAAUUUUAUACGGAACAAAAAUUAUAUUAAAAGAAAAAUUAUGAGUAAAAGAAAAAUACCACAAGAAAAGUCUGGUGAAAUAACUAAAAAUAUUAAACUAAAUACAAAGAGCAGUUAUAAUGUGAUGCAUGAACACAAUUACUUUCAUAUUAAUAAUAAAAAAGGCCGAUGGUCAAUCAAAAAUACUGAAAAAAUAGCAUAUGAUUAUGAUAAUUGUGGUUCUAUACCAGAUUGGUGUAUAGUCAACAGUUCAAGUGAUGAAGAGGAUGAUAGUGAUGAUACCACAGAUAUGUCUCUUUCUCAUAUAUUGAAAAUAGAAUUUUUAAAAGACCUCCUACACCCGUACAAAAAUAAGAAAUGUGCAAAUGAUUUGUUACCAGAUAAUGAUGUAACCAUUAUACAAAAUCAAAAUAUUACAAAUGGCACUGAAUUUCAAACAAAAUUGAGUAAUGAACCAUGCAUGAAACUUAUUAAUAAGGACAAUUGUACGUAUAAUGAAUUAUCAUUAAAUGCUCCAAUGAAGACAAAAAGAAGAAAAGAUGAUAAAAAUUUGCAAAUUAAUUUAUUGAGCUCAUCUUUACAUCUAAGCAAUUCACUGUUUGCGAAAACAACACAUUCUUCAUAUGAUAAUGCUGAUUUUGCAAAAACAAAAACACUUACAAAAAAAGUGUGUCCACCAUUACAUUGGAUUCAUUUAAUAUAUUUAGCGAUAAAAAAUUCUGCUACCGAGAAUGUAACUUGUUAUGAUAUACAACGUAUAGUCAGAUGUUGGUUCCCCUAUUAUUGUAAAAGAUCAUAUGUUAAAUUUAUUCGUAUAAUAUUAAGUCAUAUUAAUCAUAACUGUCAAAAAUAUUUUCUCUGUAAUUCAUUUACUAUUAUGAUUCACCAAGAUGAUACAUGGACAAUUAAUAAUAUCCAUAUAAAUACUUUGGAAGAUAGUUUGAUGCAAAUUGUUGAAAAUAAUGAGGAUCAAAUAAAAUCAGCAAUGGCCCAUCCUGAUCAAUUAUCAACGAUAGUAAAAGGAUAUGGUGUACUUUAUUUGGGAUGUAGCCAAAAUUCUAUCAAAAACUAACAGUUUUUGUCUUGAAAACUAUUUAAAUUAUAACUGAAUUAACAAGAAAUUCAUAUGACUAUAAUCCAGAGACUACUACUAAAUGUUGCAUAAAAUGGUAUUUAAAUUUCUUAAAAAUAUUAUAUUCACUGUACAAAAUAUAUGGCUGCCUAGUUAUUAAUAAAAUACAUCU